GUAGAAGGGGGUAAAGUGAUAUUGAGCCAAUGUACUAGGGGAAAAACGGGAAUUUAUCCAAAAAUCAUUUCUGUCCACGUGGCACAAUCUUAGAGAACAAAAUAGAACAAACUUUAAGAUACAGCCGUAAAGAUUAAAAAAGACAACCUUUUUCUUCACCAAAAAUUCCGCCCAUAAAUAAAUUUAUAUUCCCACUUUCACCGACACUUUGCCCACAUACACACACAUAUACUUAUAUACUUUUCUAUAUUUCAAGAAUUCCAACUAAUAACAACCCAUUUUAAAUCCUCCUUCUAUUAAUCGAUUUAUCGAACAGUGUAUCAAAACCCCCUUUAUGUGUGUGUGUUUUUGUGGGGUUUCUUGAUUUUCUUUUUCCUUUUUCUGGGCAGUUGUUGCAGAAGCUUGUUUAGCGAAAAUGGAGGCUAUAAAGAAGCAAGCUAGUAAAUUAAGAGAGCAAGUGGCUCGGCAGCAACAGGCAAUCCUUAGACAACUAGGGCAAUUAGGUCAUGGAGGUAUAAUGAUCGACGAAGCUGACGUGGAACUUCAUCAACAGCUACAGAUUCUGUACAAAUCGACAAGGGCGGCAAAGCAUUUCCAGAGGGAUAUCGUUCGCGGGCUCGAUGGCUAUUUAUCCACAAGCAAAAAACAAAUGGAGAUAGCUAGAAAGUUGGCGGAAGAUUGUUGCAAGUAUGGGAUUGAAAAUCGAGAAUCGGAUUCUCCACUUGCUAAAGUUGCCUCGGAUUUCGGUACCUCACAUGCGUCGAUGGAAGAUCACAGAGAAACAAUGCUUGGAAUUCUUGGUUAUCAGGUUUCUGAGCCACUUCGUGCGCAAAUUAGCGGUGCUCCUCUAGAAGAUGCUCGUCAUCUCACGCACCGUUACGACAAAAUGCGUCAGGAGUUUGAAGUUCAGGCAGCUGAAGUAAUAAGAAGACAAUCAAAAUCCCGAGAAUCUUCCACUGAAAAUGCCUCAAAAAUUAGAAAUGCCGAAAAAAAAUUAAACGAGCUUAAAUCUUCGAUGUUGUCCCUCGGAAGAGAAGCUACUGCUGCUAUGUUGUCUGUUGAGGAUCAGCAACAAGAGACGACCUUCCGGAAGCUUCUUACCAUGGUGGAUGCUGAGAGAUCUUAUCAUCAAAAUAUUAUUGCUAUUUUGGAGAAGCUUCAUUCCGAGAUGAUUAUGGAGGAGCAAAUGGAAGAAUCUUCAUUGCAAUCGGAAAUUCCACCAAGAGACGAUAAUAUUCCAUCUCUUAAUAAUGAAAUUGUUUCGAAUCGAUCGGCUGGUCAAGACGAUGAGCAUAAAAGUGACAUCUACUUUAUUGCAAAGGUGAUACACCCGUUUGAUGCUCAAGCGGAUGGUGAGCUAAGUCUUGAAAUGGAUGAUUACGUCGUUGUUCGACAGGCGGAUUUAAAUGGAUGGUCCGAAGGGGAAUGCGAAGGUAGAGCUGGAUGGUUUCCCUCUGCUUAUGUAGAGAAGGUAGACAAAUUUCCGACAAGCAAAUUAUCCGAAGAGGAAUCUUAAAUCGGAUCUUCACCGUAAAUAAGAUUCUCUAGUGUUGUUUUGUCUCUCAUUGUGGUGAGUUUUUUGUGCAUUACAUUUAUACAACGUGGGAAUUAUAAUUAAUUGCUCCUCGCGAUAAUUUGGUGUUAUUGGUGUGUGUGUUUGUUUUGUUUCGAUAUGAAAAUGCAGAUGCACGUUUUUUCUUCGUACCGGAAAUAUAUUUCGGCCUAUAUGUAAAUUGAUUGGUUAAUGAUGUGUUGGUAAUGAUAUUUACUUUUAUGCCCCUU